ACGAGAUAGCGAGAGCGUACUCCACCUUUGCCCAUCUGCACAUACCGACGUGUCCACUGUGUUAGUGAAACUAUACAAGAUCAACUAUGACGAGGCAACUUCCUACGUUCUUCUCACUCGCUGUCAUGGUCAUAGCGUGCACGGUGGUCUGCUCGCUGCCGACGCUCAGUAGGGUGAAGCGAUGGGAAGAAUUUCCUAAUGUAACGUUCACGUUCGACUGCACCGACCGACCGGUCGGAUUUUACGCCGACCAGGAAUUCAACUGCCAGCUUUUCCACAUGUGCGACGAGGACGGCCGGCGCAUCCCGCACAUGUGCGCCAACGACACGGCCUUCAACCAGGAGUACAGAAUCUGUGACUGGGCGUCCAAUGUGGACUGCGAUAACGCCAACCAGUGGUUCUAUCUAAACGAACUGACCUACGUCACCGACCCUCCUAGAUAUCCUUAACUGAAGCUGUAAGCCACGUAUGAUGUCACACCGUCACAACACACGCGAAGAACGGCGAGCUUCCGUUGCCGCUAACGGCCGCCUGGUCGCAGCGGCCAUCGCCUGUGAUACAAUUUGCCGGAGAUUUUCAUUGCCCCCCCUCUUAAUUAAUAGUGAAUUAGUAAUGCAACUUUUUUAAUCUAAAACAACGUCAUAUCAUUGAUUUGUUGUAGCAUUUUUUUGUGUUUAGCUCUGAAUUCGAAUUGAAAUAAUGGCAAUACUAGUAUUUUUUGGGCCACCGUGCACUGCACACUGCAGUGGACAUAUGACGAUCGAUAUAAAAUGUGUUGUAAAUCUUCAAUGGAAAAGCUUCUAACACAAAUGACGUCUCAAAUUCUGUGUAGUUUUGCGAGUGGUGAAAAUUUUGCGAUUUUUGUUUUGUGUAUAGUGUAAAUACUCCAUGCCCAUAAAUUUCGCUUCUGCUUGAUUUCUUGCCAGUACCGCUAGAGCUGUCGUUGAGUAACUUGAAGGAUUUAUAGUUAGGCAUGUGACUUCCUAAACACAAUAAUUCUCUAAGAAUUUAAUAGCAAAGAAAAGUCAACAAAAAUUCAUAUC